AAAUUAGGGUUGGAAAGGGAAUUAACAAAAACAAAAAAGCUUCACAGCCUCUCUCUCUCGCUUGAGUUUCCUCGUUAAGAGCAAUCUUGCAUUGCGGUUUCGUUACCAAAAGUAAUCAUGGCUGAUGAAAGUAAUGAGAUCAAGGAAGAAGUGAAGCAUGAUCAAGAAAUUCUUCGUAGGGUCUUUAAUAUCCUGCGUGAAAAUAGUCCGGAGCUUGUUGGAGUUUGGCUUCUUACAAUUAUAUGGCCACCACAAGUUCUUCGUGAAGGGACAGAGACAGGGACACAGAAGACAGUCUUUGUCAACUUUAUGGACUAUUGCAAGACCAUGCGUCGACCCCCAGAUCAUGUUAUGGCUAUCUUGCUUGGUGAGAUGGGUACUAGGGGUACACUUGAUGGGCAGCAAAGGUUGGUUGUUAGGGGGAGAUUCACACAGAAGCACUUUGAAUCGUUAUUACGACGAUAUAUCCUUGACUACGUCAUGUGCUCUGGUUGCAAGAGCACAGACGCAAUUAUUUCAAGGGAGAAUCGUCUCUCCUUUUUGAGAUGUGAAAAGUGUGGAUCAGAACGACCAGUGGGCGCCAAUCCGCCUGAGAAAAAUAUAUUCUUAUCGCAGGAAGACUUGAUAUAUUGGUAGCACAAGUGAGUAGUCUUUUUUUUUUUUUUUUUUUUUGAGGAGAGAGAUGUCUAAUUACUAAAGAACAUGUUAUGGAGUUGUGAGGUCAUGCUUUUCUUUUUCUUCUUCUUCUUCUUAUUCUGUUACUUGCUAAUGCUUUGACUUGACAUGGAAUGUCUUGGUGGAUUUUGCCGGCACUUUUAUUUUUGAGCAAUUAUCCCUUUGAAUAAA